AUGGAAGGCUCGAGGACUGCUACGACCGCGGAGGACUCUUCGUCUCAGCGGGUUAAUCCGUUUGCGACGCCUGGAGCUGAGUCUACUGAGAAUCCAUUUGCGACGCCCAUUGCUGCGACGCCUAUUGCGGAAUCUGUUGCUUCGCGACGGUUGACGCAGAGAAAUGCAUCUUCUUAUGAGAUUACUGGUCCGCGUCGGCGCUUCAAGAGCAGUCGUCUUCAGGGCGAGUUUGAGAAGCCUUGGUUAGAAGACAAGAAGAAGCAGUGGAAUUGGGACAGCACCAUUUUCUACACAUGCAUUUUCAUCGGUCUUGGAAUUGGUGGUUAUCUCUGCUGGAAGGAGACCACCGGCGUCCCCAAUCAUGAAUACUGCCUCGUCAUGGACGAUACCUUCCAGAACCUCAACAACUGGAAUCAUGAAGUUCAAAUGAACGGUUUCGGAAACGGCGCCUUUGACUGGACAACAGACGAUGAGGCAAACUCAUACGUCGACGCUCAAGGCCUUCACAUCGUGCCUACAAUGACGCUCGAAAGCACAGACAUAACCCGCGACCAGCUCCUCAACGGCUUCACCGUUAACAUGACCACCAACAGCAAAACCUGGGGGAAAUGCACCGCCAAAGACAUCAAGAAGUCCAACGACCGCUGGCCCUGCGCAGCACGCAGCAACGCCACCCUCGGUCAAAUCAUCAACCCCGUGCGCUCUGCUCGUCUCAACACCAAGGGUAAGAAGACGAUCAAGUACGGUCGCGUUGAGGUCACAGCGCGUAUGCCAAAGGGUGAUUGGAUGUGGCCUGCGAUCUGGAUGAUGCCGCAGGAUGAUGUCUACGGUGAGUGGCCCAAGUCAGGUGAGAUUGACAUUGCGGAGAGUAGAGGCAAUGACGCGAGGAAGUAUCCCAUGGGGAAUAAUCUUGUUUCGUCGGCGCUACAUUGGGGCACUGCUACGGAGAAUGAUCGGUGGAGGAGAGCGUAUGGUGAAUGGGGAGGUAAGAGGGUCAUUUACUCCGAGGACUUUCACGUCUACGGUCUUGAGUGGAGUGAGAAGUAUCUCUUUACCUGGCUCGAUGGUCGAUUGAGACAAGUGCAAUUCUUUGACUUCACCAAGAACAAGAAUCUCUGGACCUACGGUGAAUUCGCCGGCGAGUCCAUCAACGGCUCCAUCCCCGUUGAUCCAUGGAGCAGCACCGGUCGCAAAAACACUCCCUUCGACGAGUCCUUCUACCUCAUCCUCAACGUCGCAGUCGGCGGUACCAACGGCUGGUUCCCAGAUGCAAUCGGUGAUAAGCCCUGGGCUGAUAGCAGCGAGACCCCUAUGCGUGACUUUUGGAAGGCGAAUGAUACAUGGCUUCCGACCUGGGGACCCGUCAAGGAUCGCGGUAUGGUUGUCAAGUCGGUUAGGAUGUGGCAGGAGGGAGCAUGCUGAGUGGUUGCAUCGCCGACACGUGUUGUCAUAAUCUACGGAAUAAUGUCUAUAG